AUGGCUCCUGAAGUUGCCAGUGGGAGGUACUAUGAUACAAAGGCCGAUGUCUAUAGUGACUUUGGCUUAGCUACGGUACAGGAGUCGGCAUCGCAAUCGAAUACGCGCGGAGUUGGGACCAGAUAUUAUAUGGCUCCUGAAGUUGCCAGUGGGAGGUACUAUGAUACAAAGGCCGAUGUCUAUAGUAUCGGUAUUAUGGUGGAGGAGUUGUUUAACAUUGAUAUUAAUAAAUUUGCAGAAUAUCCAGGGUUAACUCAUUUAAUGGAUGAGAUGCUGGGGUACGUGUAUGUUAAAAGGCCUACUUGCACCGAUAUAUUGGAAAAGAUUAAGCACCCUGAUAUAUUACUGCCCAUUGUCAAGUAUUUCACCUUGACAUUCAAGUAUUUGAGGGUCCUGUCAAGUAUCAAGGGACGGGAUCUGAAAUCCAAUUCCGCGUUCAAGAGAUAUGAGCCAAAAACCGACUGUAAAGACUAA